AUGGGCGCGGUGAAGAACAUUCUAGAGCCUGCGGCGAUUGUCGCCGCCUUCACCGCAGGAGCACUCAUCAAUCGGCGCAAGAACGCUAAGCUCCUCGCUACGCCGGACGUCGAGUCACCACUGCUGGAAGCUCCUCCAGUGGACAUAAAGCCAAACGAUGAGGACUCUGAUGAGCGCAUAAUUCGAAACCGCCGAACCAUACAAUCACGGAUCCUUGCCAAAUUCCCCUUCUUGUUGGAAAUAUGGUAUUGGCUACUCACAUAUUGGAUUUAUCAAGGUUUACGGGCGUUUUCCGCUAGGAUGAUCAGUGGCCAUGAGGCUAUUUUCGACACCGCUGAGCGCCAUGCCCUUUCCAUCCUCUCGUUCGAGCACUUCCUUCACCUUGAUGUCGAGCUAUCCGUACAAAGAUAUGUGCUUGAGCAGAAGCCAUGGCUCAUGGGAUUCCUGGCUCGAGUAUACUAUUCACACAUUGUCCUCGGUGUGAUAUUCAUCGUCUACUGCUAUACCUGCAUCCAACGAGACAAGUAUCAAGCAAUCAGGCGUACACUGGCGUUCGAGAACGUCAUUGCCUUCACCAUCCUUACCUUGUGGAGGUGCAUGCCACCUCGCCUGCUGCCAGAGGAGUACGGCUUCAUCGACGUUCUGCACAGCAAUGCAGGCGGCUCAGCCUGGACGCAGAACAAAUUCCAGCUCACAAUUGCAGCGAUGCCCUCGCUCCACUUCGGCAACUCGAUGUUCAUUGCGCUCUGCCUGCUGAAGUUCAGUCCUCAUUGGUACCUUCGAGCUGUGGCACCCAUCUGGCCCAUGCUCAUGGGACUUACUAUCGUUGCGACGGCCAAUCAUUUUAUCCUAGAUGCUGUCGUCGGUGCAUGUGUGACGCUCACGGCAUUUAGAUUUAACGCCGUCAUGUUAUAUCUUCUUCCUGUGGAAAGAACACUCUUCAGGUUGUUGCGUAUAGAGAAACCCUAG